UCCCACUUUCGACGUUUGUCACUUUUUGACAAACAUGUUUGACACUUUUAAAAUAAUUCUACAAUUAUUUAAAUAUAUAUUUUAAAAGAGUUCUAAGCUAGACCAUAAUUUUUUCUUAAAUAAUGGCCAGCCUUUCGUCACGUUCAUCUAAAACCUCAAAAGGAUUGGUACUUUCUCCGGAUAAUAUUAUUAGGCUCAGCAGCGAGCACAUCAAGGCAGUUGAAAAACUUGUGGGCAACAAGGACAGUAUUUAUAAGUUGUUUGGAGAGAUUGAUCCACCUAGAUUGUUGACUCUUUGCUACCUAUCUCUAGGAAUCCUAGAUGAUGAAGGCAGAAUUGUGGGUGCGUUGUUUCUCCAGCCAUUUCCCAAUAUUCCUGCUAUGCCUACCACAGAUUGGAGCCAUUGGAUCCAAACGAAAUACGGACUUACCGACGCCAUUAGUAAAAAUACCGUGUGGAUACAUUUGGCGAUUAGCGAUCCCAUUUAUUACAUGAUAUUUUUUAAACCAAUGCUGCAACAUUUGUUUAAAUCGAUCAUGUUCUUGAAGUACGCUAUCAUGAUUGUACCGCCUGGUAGACAUAGACUCGAUUUUACUUUGAAUUUGGGCGUUCCUGUAAUAGCUCCAGAUUGCAGAAAAGGCCAGAGUUCGUACCUGUUACUAUUUUGUAGAAGUACUUUUAGCACAGUGUAUAAGAUAAGGAGGGCCGUAGAGGAAGACAACGAUGAUUUGGUACCAUUAAUAGCAGCUUAUUCCACAAGAUUUACGGAACUAUAUGGAGAAUAUUAUUUCGCUGAAAUUUUAAUGAACAAAGAAAUGGGGAGGCAAUUAAUAGUAGCCGAGUAUCAAGGUUCUGCUGUGGCGGUUUUAUGUUUGAACAAAGUUGUUAACUACGAUGUACUAAAUGAAGAGUUUGAACUUGUACCGUAUAAUGGUUUAAGAAAAUCGCACCCUGAUGAUUACGAAGAUAUAGAUUUUGAGUAUCGCCAGUCCAGUGUCGAAAAAAUAUGGCGAUCAAAGGCUGAAGAAGAUACCGUUUCAAGGAUUACAUCCAUUUUCGAGAAAAAAUCGGUAUCAGAAUCGUUUAAAAUGGAAGAAGAGGAAGAAGUAUUUGCCCAUGUUUCGUACUCGGACUCUGAUGAAUUUUCUAUAGUCUUUACUUCAGCGUCAAUGUUUGUUUUCCAAGAUGAUGAAGAAAGCCUCGGGGAGAAGGGUACGGACCUACAAGGAUCGACAGAUUCAACACAAAUUUUAUCACAGUAUACUAACAUAUAUCAGAAAGAAGCACAUAGGGAUGAACAACACGCAGCAGAUCAACACGCUGAUUGGAUCUCAGCAUAUUCUGCCUCGAAAGCAUUUAUCCAAAAACUUCCCGAAUAUAAAGGGGAAGAGAACGCCUUCGUUUUGGAAAUAGCUGCAGCGUUACCAAAUCACGAACAAGGAAUCAUGGAACUUUUCGAUGCAGCAUUCGAUUGUAUACCGGAUAGAGAUUAUUGCGUAAUGGCUGUGCCACCUACGGUUCCAGUAAAUAAACUUACUAGGUUUUUUACUAGAGUACCACCUAGAUCUAUGGGUACGUUUCCAUUUGAGUUGUAUGUUAUGCACAGGAACGCUAUGUUGGCAAUUAUCGAAGUUGAUACUGCUAACAAAGAUCACGAAAAUUCAGUGAAAGCACUUUUAUCUACAAUUCCGAAUACUCUGAAGAUCAUAGAACAAUUUGAAGAUUCUAUCAACAACUUAGGUAGUCCAUAUACCUCAUUCGUUGCUCUUACGGAUGAUCAAAUUUUCGGACUGGCUAUUGUUUCAGAAGAAAGAGAUCUUGAAUAUUUGCAGGCUCAUUAUGAUUUAAGUCCUCUCAACCUCAAAAUGUAUCGAUCUGGUUCACGUGGGUCUUUAGAAAGCCUUUUAUUGUCUCCAAUAUUUCAGAGAUACGAUAAAUUCUUCUUAAGAGAAAUUCACAGAUUAUGUGAAUUUGACAUAUUAUUCUACAGACACUCUGCUUAUGAUAGUUCUGAGAGUUACAGAGAUAGGCCAAUUAUGAAUCUUUUAAUGGACUUUUUACCCAUAAUGCCCAUUAUAGAACCUCAAUAUGACAUGGAUGUUUUAAACAACGAAGAAUGUGCUCCAGCAUAUAAAGUAGUAGAAAAACAAGAAGCAUUCGCCCUCUAUGUUUCUACACUACCCCUUUCCAGUCUCGGCAAAAAUGUAGUAAACACAAAAAUUUUAAUAAUAGGAUGUAGUCACACCGCCUUAUCAUUUCUUCAAGCUCUAUUAUUCAAACAAACCCCAAAUUAUAUGGUGACAUAUAAUAAUAUAACGUUAUUAUGUGCGAACGGAUUGACUCAUAACAGAGUAAAUCCGAAGAUCAGAGACGUAUUUAUGACUAAGAAAAAUUUUUGGGAUUCGCGAUAUAUGGAUAAAAUCAGUUUAAAAACAUAUAUUAAUUUGGUCCAUGGCAAAAUUACAAAACUAGACAGAAAAGAGAAAUACAUGAUAAUAAAUGGAAAUAAUUUCAUUGACUAUGAUUUGCUGUUUUUAAUGACUGGAGAGCAAUUUCAUAAACCCCUGAAAAGCAAAUUACCCUUCAUGGAAAGUCCUGAUAACGUCCUUGUUAUCAACAAUGCUCUGGAUGCACAUAAUGCUCUUCUUAGACUGAAGCACCUUUAUCAUAAAUAUAACGAUACUAAUUAUAUAAUAAUCGUAUAUGGCCAUUUUCUUCAAGCACACGCCACCUUGAAUGGUCUUAUAAACUACGGUAUUCCUGGAUCUCAUUUGGUGCUCAUAGAACCUUUUCCGUACGUCAUGGCUUUGGAAAAAAGGCAAAGGCAUAAUGUUUCUAUUUACAAUGAUCCUGAAAUAGAUAUGGCUGUUUAUGAACACUUUAGAAACGAGGGAAUUAAAAUUUAUUCGUCCUUUUACUUCAUAGAAUGGAGUUAUGAACCCGAAAAUAAUGUAAUAACGAGAGUCAAAUUUGAAUCAAAACACAAAAUGUUGGAACUCGAAUGCAUGGCCUUCUUUUAUUUCCACGAAAAGGAAAUCAGUCCGAGAAUAUUUAGAGUAAUUAAUAAUGCAGGACUGGUGUACGAUGGCAGACUUGUAAUAGACUCAAAUUGCAAAACAAACGACCCCAAUAUUUACGGCGCUGGAACUUUGACGAAAUAUUCGAGAAAAUAUUAUUCGCCAAAUAGUACCCACAAAUAUUAUAGUCGAAUAGAAAUCGGCAGGCGUUUAGGAUUUCAAAUAAGAGAAAUGUUAAUACAACAAAAAAUGCGUAAAUGGGACCAGGAGGCAUCAGCUGGAUGGAAUUUGCGCAUUGAAAGAGGUGAAUUGCUGGUGCCGAGGUACGCUGAACCUAUUAUGAGGUACUGUAGACUUCCAGGUGGUCUCUAUUAUUUGUCUAUCGUGAAACCGGGUAAACAAAUACCUUUGGAAACUGCUGUUUGUAUGGAAAACUACGGAGAAUUGCUGGUUACUGGAAAUUGUAGAAAUUUAAGCAAACAAGGGUAUUUUCAAUUGCAUCUAAACGAAUAUAAAAGAGUGGAAACCAUAACAUGUUUACACAAACAGCCUAUAGAUUACAUCAAUAUCUAUUGCCUUUGGGGAAAACAUGAAAAACUAUUAAACAAUUUGACUUUAAGGUUUGAAAUGGUCCUAAUUACAGACCUUUUCGAAUAUUUUAAAGAACCCUGGGCUUAUGCUAUUUAUCAUGAAAAAUUCAGCCAACUCAUGGAUGAACUCAACUUGCUGAUGACUUCUUAUAUGGGCUCAGGUGAAGAAUCAUUAAUUAAUGAACUUAUUAUUCUUUAUAAGAAGAGUAGAUGGCGUAAUUUAUCGAAAGAAGCGAAAGACAUCCUCGAAGAAAAAUUCCUCUCUUUGGGAUACCCCAAAAUGAUAGAAAGUAAAGUUUUGAAUUUUAUAAAAACCAAUUUACAUCAUCUACCGAUGUACGCUCAUCCAGAUGUAGUUAGAGAAAUACUAAACAAUUUCAAUAAUAGUCCAUUAUUUACAGAAUAAAAACUGUUCCGCAA